AGCACCACCUACUUUCGUACAUACAACCCAGCUCGGCCUCAACUUGCCCGACCCUACUUAUAAACGUCCCAUCCUUCCCUCCUCUUCCUCCUCCUCCCCCUCCUCCCCCCCCCUUCUCCGCUCUGCUGCUCCCUACCCCCCAGGUGUUCUUGUCCUCAUCAUCCUUCUGUGACAUCCUCCCCUCAUCACCUACCUACCCGGCCCUCUUGCGUUGCUGGCCCUCGGCCGUCUCGAUCCGCCCGGUGCUCGCUCCCGUCACAGAUAAUACCCACCGGGUCACCAAGCCAGCACGCAUAAUUGCCCUCCUCCCGCUCUCACCACCAUCACAUCACACCACACACGCCCCUCCCCCGAUUGAACCUGGACGGACGCCCCCCGGCAUCCCCGACCCGCAUUCCAGGCUCCGGACGCUACUACUCCUCGAGCGCGCGCGCACGAUAGCACACAGUUUAAAAACUUAUAUACUACUCCCAUCAUGUCGACCGAGCCCGUCGCCGUCAUGCCCCCGACGGCCAACGACGCUGAAAAGGCCCAGUUCGCCUCCAACGGUGCAGACCACGUCCACCGCCAUCACCACCACGACUACUCCCAGAUGACGUCCGGAUUCGCCCAGGCCGAUGCCGGCACCCUCAACCCGGGCGUCUGGAAGCCCUACGAGCACCGCAAGCUCGCCAAUCCCGCGCCCCUCGGCCUGUGCGCCUUUGCGCUCACCACGUUUGUCCUGUCCGCCAUCAACAUGCACGCGCGCGGCGUCUCGGCGCCCAAUGUCGUCGUGCCCCUGGCCUUUGGCUACGGCGGCUUCGUCCAGCUGCUAGCCGGCAUGUGGGAAAUGGCCUGCGGUAACACCUUCGGCGCCACGGCCCUCUCCUCGUACGGCGGCUUCUGGAUCUCGUACGCCAUCCUCUUGACGCCCAACUGGGGCAUCACGGCGCCCACCGGGCCCUACUCGGGCAACACGGGCAGCCCCAUCGGCUUCUUCCUCACCGGCUGGUUCAUCUUCACGACCAUGCUGCUGCUCUGCACGCUGCGCUCGACCGUCGCCUUCUUCCUGCUCUUCCUGACCCUGGAUCUCGCCUUCCUCUUCCUCGCCACGGAGCAGUACGCUCUCGACAUGGGCAACAAGACGGCCGCCCUCGGCCUGCAGAAGACGGGUGGUUUCUUUGGCUUUCUCGCCGCAUUCCUGGCGUGGUACAAUGCCCUCGCCGGCAUCCAGGACAGCAGCAACUCGUUUUUCCAGGUCCCCGUCUUCCACUUCCCCUGGUCCGACAAGGGCCGUGAGCGCCGCGGCAUCAAGACGGAUCGCGAGCAGGCAUGAUGAGGGGGCGGGAGCAAACAUUGCGCCCCUCCCCACAACGUGUGUUGCUGUGUCGUCUUGUGUCGUUGAAUUGUUUGCGCCGCGCUGAGUAAUGAGUCUUGGACAAAUAAACAGGGGAGCGCCCCUUGAAAUGAUACCUAUGCCGGGGGACGGACGGAACUACUGUAUGGUACACGCACCAACCUGACCGACGUGGAAACAAGGCCGUGUCCUGUUGCCGCCGCACAUCGGUUGGCUUGGCCUUGAUGCGUCUGCCCAACACUCACUCCCCAAGGUCGACCAGGGGGAGGGGCUGGAGGGAAACAGCCUUGGGAUGGUAGGGGCGGUAACGUAUAUGAUCCGUACGUAGCCAAUAACUAAUGAUGAGAUUUCUGAU